AUGUUCUCUGGCAGCGAUUCAGGCUCUCACGUUUUUAAUGGCAUGUCUUUCCUUAAUACUGCCCAAAAAUCGACUCCUAGGUCUUUGGGUUCUGCAUUACCUGAAAGUCUGGAUCUAUUCAAUGACACAUCUCUGGCGGCAAUGCAACAGGUCACGCAGCCACCCUGCAACCCAUUUCAACAAGGCGCAUAUAUUUACAAAAAUCAGCAACUCCAAUCAUUGCAUGAUCACUGCAAAACCUUGGAGAUGCAGAUAGUCAAGAUCACUGCUGAGCACGACACAAUACUGUCGAGUUUCCAACUGCUUGCAGGCGCUGUACAGCUUCAUGAUGCAGAUCCCUUCAAGUUUAACACAACCUUCAAUUCACCAUCACAAGGAGAUCGGCUGAACUCUGAGACACAUACCGACAUCAAAUUCUGGAACCCAUCUGAAUAUCUUACAUGGCUCGAUUCACAUGAGGCACAACUUGGCAACCGUGGUAAACUCCCUUACCUUGAGCAGGAGGAUGGUGACCCAGUGCAAGAUGACGAAAUCGAUGUGAUACGCAAAACUUUGCGGGGUGCAUUUUCUGAACUCAACAACCGGGGACUCGCUCCAAUGCGUUGGGGUAACCUGACUGCAUCAGAUACUGAUUUGAUGAAUAGUAUAAUGGAGAAGACCCACCCUAUCUUCAGGCUGGCCAACAAUGGCUGGAAGCUGCAUUACCUCACCAUGUCAUCCUAUCCUUCUUGGCGACAAAAUCACAUCGAGAAUGGUGCGAGCGAUAACAGCAAGAAACACAAGCAUUCAAUGUCUUCCAUCAAGUCAGAGGUCAAUGAGAAAAAAAUCAAGAUCAAUUCUUCAGUGUCUCCGAUCAUAGCAGACCCAGAAUUACCUGCAGCCAGUGCUUCGACAUCUCCUGCCACUGAAUCGUCUGGAUUGGACCCCAUAGAACCUAUCUUGGAAUUGCCUGCAGCUGAGCUACCUACAGCUGGUCCUUCGAUAUCUCUUGCCAUGGAAUCACCUGAGUUGGACCCCAAUGAAUCUGUUUCAGACUCGGCUACAGCUGCCAGUGCUUCGCCUUUGUCUCUCUUGCAACAACUCGAUCAUGCAUCCGAAUUUUCUCCAUGUGCCGGCACAUCCCUGCCUUUGCAACCACCUGUCUCGAAUUUUCCCCCAGUUGCUCCGUCUCCACUUGCACAGCACUCAACUUUAGAAGUUCCUGCUGUCGUUCUAUCUCCACCACAGCAGCCUGUUAUAACACCAACACCUCAGAUCAAGAUUGUGAAUCCGUUAACUGCUCUUGCUCUUGCUGCAUCUCAAAUCAUUUUGCCUCCACCGCCACCUGCUAAUCCAUCACUCAAGUCUCCACCUGACACCACCAUCACUGUGAAGAAAGGUAAGAACAGUGGGACCAAGAGCAGUACCAAGGGCAAGAUGUGUCCUAGCCAAACCAAAAACGGACGGAACCUGUGCACCUUACGUUGGUUAAAACAAACCAAGUUGAAUGGCACGACCGAGGAGUUCAAUGCCUACUACAACUCCCUCACGUCGACGCAAUGCACGGCAACUGCAUGGGUAUGGGUAACCCGCACGGGUCACGGGUAA